AUGGCGCCAAAGGCCAUUCACAUCGUCCUCAGCGUAGCGUGGCAAGAUGCAGGCGACACGACCCGUGCGAUCGCCAUGGCCAUUGCCCUGCGAGACAUGUGUCCAACAGGAAUCGAUCUCAAGAUAGACUUUUUGUCUUGCGGUUCGAGGUUCGAGUACCAAAUCACAGAUGCCGGGUUCAACAUUGUGCCAGCCCAACCUCGCGUCAAGGGCAUAUCCGUCGCUCACGAUCUCGGAUGGGACUGGCCAGAGUUUUUCGGAUCAGAAGAGAUAGCCAAGACAUUCAUUGAUGGCCAACUCGCCGCAUUCAGGGACUUGAAGCCUGAUGUUGUCUUCCAUGGCAUGUGGGCGCCGGCUUCGAUUGCUGCUCGUCUUUUGGGCAUCCGCACAAUCAACUUUCUGCCCGUACCUCUGCACCCAUCCGCUUUUGCACAUGGCCUGAUUCGUGAUCUUCCGGACUUGAUGCCGCUCUUCACUCGUUUGCCCCGUCCGAUUCGGCAACGCAUGGCUUGGUGGGCAAGUGGCUUGAUGAUCAAGGCCCCCAUCUUUCAGCAGAAGCGUUUGGGAGCGGCUGCUGCGGCUGCAGGAUGGCCCAUCACUGGACCAAUCUCGCUCUUCGAUAUGAACAUGGCUGAUCUCAACCUUGUCAAUGAUCAUCCAGUCUUCCACCAAGAAUACCUGCAUCGAAUUCCCAAGAACAUUGUGCUCACCGGUCCGCUCUACGCCCGCAACGAUGCAAAACUGGACGAUGACAUUGCAACACACCUGAAAAAGGGUCCUGGCCCAUCCAUCCUCGUGACAAUGGGAAGCUCUGGUACCGAAGAGUUCUUGUUCGAGGCUAUCAAAGCGUUGAAUAUGAACCCUCAAGAUGACUGGAACGCCGUGGUCCUCGCAUCAAAGUCUAUCUGCGACAUCAACAAAGCGAAUGCAGUCGCGGGUGGCGAUCCCCGCCUCCUAGUAACUGAUCGCUUCAUCCCCGCCUCAGCAGCAAAUGCUCUUGCCGAUGUCAUCGUAACACACGGUGGCCAAGGAACAGUGCAAUGCGCCUUGGCCGCUGGAAAGCCCAUUGUCGGCGUCGCGCUGCAAGUCGAGCAGCAAACCAACCUGGACAACGCCAUGAAUGCGGGCGCCGGCAUCCGCGUGCAAAAGCAGUUUUGGAAAGCAAAGAAUAUCCGGUCGACGAUUCUGACGGUUCUGAAAGACCCUGGAUAUGCGGCUAAAGCGAGGACUCUGGCGGAGACGUUGAAUGCCAUGGAUGGUGCAAAGACGGCGGCGGAAGUCAUGUGGAAGUUUAUCUUGGAAGAUCCGGCUGAGAAGUAA